AUGGUUCUCUGUCUUGAAGAACGGGCAGCGCGCAGGCACAAGAGGUGGGACGUGAAUCCCCAGGGGCUUCUCUUUUCGCGUGGUGGCGGCCGCGGCUCUGUCGGUGAGCAGCGGCAAGAUAUCGAGGUCAAACGGAGUGGGGCCGUGCGCGGGGCGCGGACGGAGGUUGUAUCCUCCUCUCUCGUGUGCCCCUUCUCAUCGUUAAAUGACAAACGCAGCAGAAGAGUUUUUAUGGGGCGAAACUGGUGCUCUCGCUUCGGCGGGGGAACGCGGAUAGUUGACGGAGAGAGGACGGAAAGAAGGGGCUCGCUACAGUCGGAUAUGUCUCCUAUCUCACCUUCGGGGAGAAAAGGUGUGAGUGAGAUCGGAGAUGCGGCUGACUACGAUGAGGAGCUGUAUGUGGCUGGGAACAUGGUUAUCUGGAGCAAGGGGAGUAAGAGCCAGGCGCUGGCCGUGCACAAAGCAUUCACAGUGGACAGCACUGUCCAGCAGGCAUUGUGGUGUGACUUCAUUACAUCACAGGAUAAAUCUGAAAAGAUCCAUAAGAGCCAUGAGGUAGAGAAAUGCAUAUGUAUAUUACAGAGCUCAUGUAUGAACAUGCACAGCGUAGAUGGGAAGGAUUAUAUAGCAUCCUUACCAUUUCAGGUGGCAAAUGUUUGGGCCACUAAAUAUGGUUUGCUGUUUGAACGAAGCAGUUCUUCACAUGAGGUGCCUCCAAGUCUACCUAGAGAACCUUUGCCUACUAUGUUCAGCAUGCUGCACCCACUAGAUGAAAUAACUCCACUUGUUUGUAAAUCUGGAAGUCUUUUUGGCUCAUCCCGGGUGCAGUAUGUUGUAGAUCCUGCAAUGAAAAUUGUGUUCCUCAAUAUCGACCCCUCCAUUGUAAUGACCUACGAUGCUGUUCAGAAUGUGCAUUCUGUGUGGACUCUGCGGAGAGUAAAGCCAGAGGAAGAGAAUGCGGUUUUAAAGUUCCCUGAGCAGGCAGGGACCCUUCAGAAUGUAGCCACCAGCAGCUCCCUCACAGCGCAUCUCAGAAGCCUCUCCAAAGGCGAAUCCCCUGCGGCUUCACCGUUCCAGAAUUACUCCUCCAUUCACAGCCAAAGUCGCUCUGCCUCGUCACCCAGUCUGCAUUCUCGCUCGCCUUCCAUCUCCAACAUGGCGGCUCUCAGCCGUGCUCAUUCUCCCGCCUUAGGUGUGCACUCUUUCUCAGGGGUGCAAAGAUUCAACCUUUCAAGCCAUAAUCAGUCACCAAAGAGACACAGCGUUUCUCAUUCUCCAAGUGGAAGUUUCAACGACUCAUUUUUGGCACCAGAAACAGAGCCUAUUAUUCCUGAGCUGUGCAUUGACCACUUGUGGACUGAAACACUUCCUAAUAUAAGAGAGAAAAAUUCCCACGCCUCUAAGGUAUUUAUAACAACUGACCUGUGUGGACAGAAGUUCCUCUGCUUUUUAGUGGAGGCCCAGCUUCAGUUACGCUGUGUAAAGUUUCAAGAGAGUAAUGACAAGACCCAGCUCAUCUUUGGCUCUGUCACCAAUGUCCAUGCAAAAGAUGCAGCACCAGUGGAGAAGAUAGACACCAUGUUGGUACUAGAAGGCAACGGGAACCUGGUGCUGUAUACAGGAGUGGUUCGGGUGGGGAAAGUUUUUAUUCCUGGACUUCCGGCUCCUUCCUUGACGAUGUCCAACAUGAUGCCUCGGCCUAGUACGCCCCUUGAUGGUGUUAGUACUCCCAAGCCUCUGGGUAAAUUACUUGGAUCAAUGGAUGAGGUGGUUCUGUUGUCUCCAGUUCCAGAACUGAGGGAUUCUUCAAAGCUUAAUGAUUCUCUCUACAAUGAGGAUUGCACUUUCCAGCAACUUGGAACUUACAUUCAUUCUGUACGAGACCCUGUUCAUAACAGAGUCACUCUGGAACUGAGUACUGGCUCCAUGGUUAGGAUCACUAUCCCUGAAGUGGCCACCUCGGAAUUAGUACAAACGUGUCUGCAAGCAAUUAAGUUCAUCUUGCCAAAAGAAAUAGCAGUUCAGAUGCUCGUCAAGUGGUACAAUGUCCACAGUGCUCCAGGAGGACCCAGUUACCACUCAGAGUGGAAUUUAUUUGUGAUCUGUCUCUUGAACAUGAUGGGUUAUAACACAGACCGCUUAGCAUGGACCCGAAGUUUAGACUUCGAAGGAUCACUUUCCCCAGUCAUUGCUCCCAAAAAAGCAAGGCCUUCUGAUACUGGAUCUGAUGAUGACUGGGAGUACUUACUGAAUUCAGACUACCAUCACAAUGUCGAGUCUCAUCUUCUGAACAAAUCUUUAUGUUUGAGUUCUUUGGAAACCUCAAAGGGGAAAGAAGAUGAUUUUUCUCAGAAUCUCAGUCUGGAUUCUUCUACUCUUCUCUUUCCUCACAUCCCUGCAAUUUUCUUUGUUCUUCACCUGGUCUAUGAAGAGCUCAAGCUGAAUACUCUAAUGGGAGAAGGGAUUUGUUCUCUUGUUGACCUGCUUGUUCAGUUAGCAAGGGACUUAAAAUUAGGGCCUUACAUGGAUCAUUACUACAGAGAUUACCCAACUCUUGUCAAAACUACUGGACAAGUGUGUACAAUUGAUCAAGGUCAAGUGGGAUUUAUGCAUCAUCCCUCAUUUUUUACUUCUGAGCCGCCAAGUAUUUAUCAGUGGGUGAGUUCUUGUCUGAAGGGCGAAGGAAUGCCACCCUAUCCUUACCUCCCUGGGGUCUGCGAAAGGAGCAGGCUAGUGGUCUUGAGUGUUGCACUCUACAUCCUUGGUGAUGAGAGUUGUGUUUCUGAUGAAGCCUCCCAGUAUUUAUCCAAAGUAACCUUAACUCCCCAAAAGCCACAAGCAGAACAAGAAGAAAACAGGUUUACUUUCCGGCAUUCUGCUUCAGUUUCAAGUCUAGCAGAAAGAUUGGUUGUCUGGAUGACCAGUGUAGGAUUCACUUUAAGAGAUCUGGAGACUCUUCCUUUUGGAAUUGCUCUUCCCAUCAGGGAUGCAAUAUAUCACUGUCGGGAGCAGCCUGAUUCAGACUGGUCAGAAGCUGUCUGCCUCUUGAUUGGACGUCAGGAUCUUUCCAAGCAGGCUUGUGAAGGAAAUCUACCCAGAGGCAAAUCUGUGCUCUCCUCAGAUGUGUCUUCAGGAACCGAGGCUGAGGAGGAAGAUGAUGGCAUGAAUGACUUGAAUCAUGAGGUUAUGUCAUUGAUAUGGAGUGAAGAUCUGCGGGUGCAGGAUGUGCGAAGGCUGCUUCAGAGUGCUCAGCCUGUCCGUGUCAAUGUGGUGCAGUACCCGGAACUCAGUGACCACGAGUUCAUUGAAGAAAAAGAAAACAGACUGCUCCAGUUGUGUCAGCGAACUAUGGCCCUUCCAGUGGGACGAGGAAUGUUCACCUUGUUUUCUUAUCAUCCUGUUCCAACAGAGCCCUUGCCUAUUCCUAAAUUGAAUUUGACGGGGCGAGCCCCUCCAAGAAACACAACUGUAGAUCUCAAUAGUGGGAACAUCGAUGUGCCUCCCAAUAUGACAAGCUGGGCCAGCUUCCAUAAUGGUGUGGCUGCUGGAUUGAAGAUAGCCCCUGCCUCCCAGAUAGACUCAGCUUGGAUUGUUUACAACAAGCCAAAGCAUGCCGAGUUAGCCAAUGAGUAUGCUGGCUUUCUCAUGGCCCUGGGUCUGAACGGGCACCUUACCAAGCUGGCUACUCUCAAUAUCCAUGACUACUUAACUAAGGGCCAUGAAAUGACAAGCAUUGGAUUGCUACUUGGUGUUUCUGCUGCAAAACUUGGCACAAUGGACAUGUCCGUUACCCGGCUUCUUAGCAUUCACGUUCCUGCUCUCUUACCCCCGACGUCCACGGAGCUUGAUGUGCCUCACAAUGUCCAAGUGGCUGCGGUGGUUGGCAUUGGCCUUGUUUAUCAGGGCACAGCUCACAGACAUACUGCUGAAGUUCUGUUGGCUGAAAUAGGGCGGCCCCCUGGUCCGGAGAUGGAAUAUUGCACUGACAGAGAGUCCUACUCUUUAGCUGCUGGCCUGGCCCUGGGUAUGGUUUGCUUGGGGCAUGGCAGCAAUUUGAUCGGUAUGUCUGAUCUCAAUGUGCCUGAGCAGCUCUAUCAGUACAUGGUUGGAGGUCAUAGACGUUUUCAGACUGGAAUGCACAGGGAGAAACAUAAAUCUCCAAGUUAUCAAAUCAAAGAAGGAGAUACCAUAAAUGUGGAUGUGACUUGUCCAGGUGCUACUCUGGCUUUGGCCAUGAUCUACUUAAAAACCAAUAACAGAUCCAUUGCCGACUGGCUGAGAGCUCCUGAUACCAUGUAUUUGCUGGACUUUGUGAAGCCAGAAUUUCUCCUGCUUAGGACACUUGCUCGGUGCCUGAUUUUGUGGGAUGAUAUUUUACCAAAUUCCAAGUGGGUUGACAGCAAUGUUCCUCAGAUUAUAAGAGAAAAUAGUAUCUCUCUGAGUGAAAUUGAAUUGCCUUGCUCAGAGGACUUGAAUUUGGAAACCUUGUCGCAAGCACACGUGUACAUCAUUGCAGGAGCCUGCUUGUCUCUGGGUUUUCGAUUUGCUGGCUCAGAAAACUUAUCGGCAUUUAACUGUUUGCAUAAAUUUGCAAAAGAUUUUAUGAAUUAUUUAUCUGCACCCAAUGCUUCUGUAACGGGGCCCUACAACCUGGAAACCUGCCUGAGUGUGGUGCUCCUGUCUCUUGCCAUGGUGAUGGCUGGCUCUGGGAACCUGAAGGUGUUGCAGCUCUGUCGCUUCCUGCACAUGAAGACGGGUGGAGAGAUGAACUAUGGUUUCCACUUGGCCCACCACAUGGCCCUGGGCCUUCUCUUUUUGGGAGGAGGAAGGUACUCUUUGAGCACCUCCAACUCGUCCAUUGCUGCUCUUCUCUGUGCUCUUUACCCACAUUUCCCAGCCCACAGCACUGAUAACCGGUAUCAUCUCCAGGCCCUUCGGCACCUCUAUGUGCUAGCUGCAGAACCAAGGCUCCUGGUACCUGUGGAUGUGGAUACAAACACACCCUGCUAUGCCCUCAUAGAAGUUACUUACAAGGGCACUCAGUGGUAUGAACAGACCAAAGAAGAACUGAUGGCUCCAACCCUUCUUCCAGAACUGCAUCUGUUAAAGCAGAUGAAAGUUAAAGGGCCAAGGUAUUGGGAACUGCUCAUAGAUUUAAGCAAGGGAGAACAGCACUUGAAGUCCAUUCUUUCUAAGGAUGGAGUUUUAUAUGUAAAGCUCAGGGCAGGCCAGCUGUCCUACAAAGAAGAUCCAAUGGGGUGGCAGAGUUUGUUGGCGCAGACUGUUUCUAACAGGAACUCGGAAGCCCGGUCUUUCAAGCCAGAAACAAUUUCAUCCUUCACUUCUGACCCAGCACUUCUGUCAUUUGCUGAAUAUUUCUGCAAACCGACUAUGAACAUGGGUCAAAAACAGGAGAUUCUGGACCUCUUUUCUUCAAUACUCUAUGAGUGUGUUACUCAGGAGACCCCAGAGAUGUUGCCUGCCUAUAUAGCAAUGGAUCAGGCUAUAAGAAGUCUUAAAAAGAGAGACAUGUCAGACACAUCUGAUCUUUGGCAGAUAAAAUUGAUAUUAGAGUUUUUCAGUUCACGAAGCCACCAGGAGAGGCAGCAGAACCAUCCUAAGCGAGGGCUCUUUAUGAACUCUGAGUUCCUGCCUGUGGUGAAGUGCACUAUUGAUGCCUCCCUGGACCAGUGGCUGCAAGCUGGAGGUGAUGUGUGUGUGCAUGCCUACCUCAGUGGGCAGCCUGUUGAGAAAUCUCAGCUAACCAUGUUGGCCUGCUUCCUUGUCUACCACUCUGUGCCAGCACCACGACACUUGCCACCUCUGGGACUGGAAGGGAGCACAAGCUUUGCUGAACUCCUCUUCAGGUUUAAACAGCUGAAGAUUCCAGUCCGAGCUUUGCUAAGACUGGCUCCUUUGCUGCUUGGAAACCCGCAGCCGAUGGUUAUGUGACCACAUCUGCUAGGACACCUACUCAAAGCUGUCUGCAGCACAGAAUCACGAUGGCAGCAGAGCUAAGGCAGCAUUUCUGUUGGUGACCAGUGGAACUCAGACACCUCACUGUGUUUAAAGUCUGUGUUGAAAAUAGUCCAGAGACACUGUGGCUAUCCGCGUGUCAUUAUCCAGUGUAUAAAAGUCAGUUAAAAGUCUCUUUUGUAAAUAAAGAUUUUUGGGUUGUUUUCACAACUAUUGAUGAUUGCUUUGGACUUCAGAAAGCAGAGUGACAGACAGAGUUUUGAAACCUUUGAACUUCAGUGGUUCAGGUGAAAGGUCUGCACUCAGAAUUGCAAGAUUUAAAAGCCACAUCACAAAAAUGGACUUCUGCCGCUGCAGCAGAGUUCCUGUUUGUCUGUUGUGUCUCAGUUGUCUUCUCUACUACAAGAAUAUUUCUAGUGAAGAGUUGCCCAGCAUGGAGUGCUGGACCAGGCCUCUAAAAAUUAUGUUGGAGCCUUGACCUCAGUGUGUCUGUAUGUGGACCUGCAGUUCUUCGGCGGUCACUGAGGUUAAAGGACUCCAUAAGGGGGAGUCCUAAUAUGAUAGAAGCAAUGACCUACCCACUCAGAAGAGGAAGAGGGUGCUUUUCUCUCUAUCAUGUAAGAAUUUGCAACACAGCUCUUACAAGCCAAGAAGAUUCCCUCCUGGGGAACCAGUCAGAUAGUGUCUUGGACCUCAGCAUCUAGAAGUACAAGAAAUAAAUUUGUGAUGCUUCGGCCAUCUUGUCUGUGGUAUUUGGUUUUAGCAGCCUGUGCAGGCUAGUGCAUGAUAGCUGCCCCAAAUACCUGAAAUACAAAAUUACCCCUGUAGAGGAGUGUUAACAAAGUCCAUCUGAAGUGAAGAUUUGGAGAAUGCUUUGUAUUCUGAGUUUCCAGACAGCCCAUGAUGCAAGAUAGUCCUCUGAGGGCCCCUGAAGCUCCAGGUCCAUGGGGCAGGAAGAAAGCUCCUUCCGCCUCACUCCAACCUAUACUCACAGCCUGCUUUCAGACCAGUGGGACCAUGAAUGAGUAGGAACUGCAAAAUGUCCAUUCACUGAUUUUCUGUUUGUUUCUGAAAAAGCAAAUAGAAGUGGCUCCAUUGGGAUUUGGUAAUGUCCAUCGGCCUGCCUGUAUCAAGGUAAUUGGUGGCUGGCUUUGAGGGCAAGGUGUGCUUUCCUUCCCUCUUAAAGAUUGCUAUGAAAUGGUAGGUGAUAGACAUUCGGUUUCAUCAAGAUUGAACCCACUGUCCAGGCACUUGUUACUUUUACUCUCAAUUGUUAACGGUUGCCAUAGGAAGAUUUGAGAGGCAUUUAAGUGGUGUGUGGACACACAUUAACUCAUUCGGGAGGGAAAAUAGUCAUGAAGAUGUCAACAAGAGCGAAUAAUAAGCUUUAAAGAGAGGACUGAAUACAGUGGAAACAGCAUUGGUGGGCCUAUAACAGCUGGGCACCAAGAAGAAAUUCUAGUGCUCUUGAGUCAGCAUGCUAGGAUCAUCAGAUAAAUCAUUAUCUUUACUAGUCUCCAAAACAAAUCGAGGGAAGCAGUCUCAUUCACAGCAGCCAGCCUCCCAGGAGCUACAGUAAGGGAAGAGCUAGAGAAACCUGACAGCGAAGUGUCUAGUCUCAAAGCAGCACUUGUGACUUCAAGUGAAGGCUGAUUAGCCAGGACUUGUUCACCUCCUGUGCACAUGGAGUGGAGACAAGGCGUAGCUGCUGUGAGUACAAGUAUUGUCUGCUACAGACAGACACAGUUGAACAGUGCACUCAGAUCCUCCCCUACUGACGUUUGCUCCUCCCUCAAGGCCUGGGGAGGGAACAAAGGCAAAUUGAGGUCAGCUGCCAGGCUUCAGCUGCACUGCUUUGUCAGAGCCCUCAACAUGCUGGGUUCUCUUCAUCCCACUGCGUCCCAGUCCUACUUCAAUCUGCUGCUGUCUGCACGGGUUCUAGUCCAGGAGACUCAGAAGCAGCUACCCAGUGUGAACUGAAAGGACUUUGCGUUGGCAGAGCUUAUGAACACGUUGAAAAGCAGGCGAGCAUCUUUGGAAUCACAUGGGCCUUUGUGUCUGUUUUCUCGAGUUGUACUUGUUGACUUAGUCUGUUACUAUUGUCCUACAUAGAGCAUCUUGUUUAAGCUGUUGUCUUUUAGCUAAAAAUGCUUCUUUGGUAAACUUUUAAUACUGUAAUCUUUUUCCUUUAGAAUAAUUUGGAAAGUACUUUUCAGACUUUUUUCUUUGAAACAUUCAUACUAGAAUUUUAAAACAAGAACUUCAUAAUAAAUUCAGUAAGAUUUAUAAGUACCUGCCAGAUCUUAAUUUCUGUUCUAUACUCCAGUGCUUAGCUGAACUGGUAGCUUUUCUCUAUAGCUAGUGGACAUCUCAAGUCUCUGCCUUGUGAGAAUGUAUGCUUUAAGAACUCAAGACAUGCUGGAUACUGAUGUCACAGUCACCUCAUGGGUGGAUGUAGGGUGGGUCUCUAAAACAAGGACAGAGGUGGGAAGCUAGUGUUAGAUGAAAUUUUUCUUCUGAUUGAAACAUCCCUCCAGGAAGAAGGGGUCGGGGAGGCUCAAGAGACUAAAGAGACAUCAUCACAUGUCUUAGAAAGUUAACGCUUAAGGAUCACAAAGUGCUCUCCCAAGGUUGUAGAAAUGAAACUCUGUAUGUGUGUGUGCUGGGGGGAGGGGAAGGAUGGGAACAGGACAGAAAGGGAGAGGUUGACUGUGACCACCAGAGCUGCCUAAAGGAGGCCUAGCUGCCUGGGAGAGGAGGUUCUGACUAGUCAAGCAACCUGCAAGUUGUGAAGAGUUAUUGCCCAUGUUGAGGUGGGCUUUGGUGGUAGAGCUGCUUUUGAGUUGUCCCUGCUCUUAGAACGCAACACCCUACUCUUGUAAGUGCCCUCCAAUAAACUCAUUGAUUUGCUAAAUUG